GUGAUAUCAACACAUCAACUACGACAAAUGCCAGCAGCACACUACCAGGCUCCACGGUUCCCGCGACUCAGAACCUGACCACAUCUCUGGCCGCAGCUUCCAGCGAUCGGGAAGGCUCAGACAACUCUUCUGUGACGUCUUCCACUUCCACUUCCACAACGUCGGUUGCUGCAGACGUUGACCGGAUCAGCAACACAACAGCAUACACAACAUCCACAAGUUCUGCGGCUCUCGGUGGCAACAGCCACAGCAAUGUAACCUCCCAUCAUGGCAAUGGCUCAAAUUGGUCAGCAGCGCUGCUUCCAGGAAAGAUAGGAAGCCCAACAGAUCAGUCUCCUCCAGAUGUCGAAGGCAGAGGUUUUCCAACGGUUACGCUGAUCGUCAGCGUUGCUGCAGUUUUCCUCCUGGUCACAUUUUUCAGACCCUGCAGGCGGCGGACGAGACGGGAGCUGGCACCUGGUGACAUGCAGCUGUCUAGCCUCUCUGAGUGGAUGGGUGCGGAUGACGACGAUGAUGUUAUCAUUGCUGCACAAGCAGGUAACCGCAUUGAAGCCAAGACAGACGCUUGGUUAAAUUCGUGGUGUAUCCGAUGCAGUUGUGUUUUCUUCAAUGUCCUCAGCGGUGUCGUCAAUGGCUAUGACAUUUGCAUCACCACCGGAAUUCUUGACUCUGUAGACCGCGACCUUCAGCUUUGCACCACCGCGGGUGAGGAGGCGGUCAUGUCCUUCGCAAGCAUGGGCAGCCUUGUAGCAAAGAUCUGCGGCGUGUCCAUUGCAGACAGGUAUGGUCGUUCGGCUGCGCUUUUCGUGGCCGACGUGUUGAUUCUCAUCUCGGUUGCUGUGCAGUCAAGCACCCGAGCCGUCCCAAGUUUUUUCCUGGCCCGCUUUAUGAUCGGCGCAGGCAUGGGAUUGGCCUUUGUUGUCACGCCCACUUACCUCUGUGAGAUCGCUCCGCGUGCCCAGCGAGGUCUUUUCGUUUGCUUACAUGAAGUUGCCGUAUGUGUGGGCUGCUUGCUUGGCUUGCACAUAUCGUCUCGAGACACAGCGGAAUGGCAAUGGCAGCACGUGAUUGCGAUUGCCGCGGUGCCGGCUGCAGUCCAGCUUGUUUUUGUUUGUGUGCUGCCGGAGAGCCCUCGGUGGUUUGCAAUGCGCGGAGACGUAUCUGGCUUGGACCGAGCUUCUGAACAGUUGGGGCUGGAAGCAGAGACUGCCGAGUUGAGAAAGCUCGUGCUGGGUGGUGGCACCUCAUCUGAUCCAAGUCCAGAUCGAGGAUACUGCUGCAGCCGUAAUCUUGCGAACUGGCAAAAGCACAGACGUCCUUUUCUGAUCGCUUUGGGCCUGGCGGGAUGUAAUUCAGCAACCGGGACCUUUGCAAUCCAGACUUAUGCGUACGACCUGCUUCGCGUUUGUGGUGUGCUAGAGCCUGCCCCACUGCUGCCAGUCAUUGGAUGGAUGAAGCUGUUUGGGGCAUUGCUCGCAAUGUUUACUGCUGAUAGGCUGGGCAGGAGACGGCUGGUCAUUACAGGAAGCUUGUUUUGCACGAUUUGCGAUAUGCUGCUGGCAGUGCAAUUGGCCAUGCCGCAGUUUCUCACGUCGCAGCUUGCUGCGUUCUGCAUAUUCUUCAGAAUACUUUCCUGGAACGCUGGUUACGGAGGCGUUCAAUUCGUGGCUAUCUCCGAGAUCCUGCCCAGCGAGGUCCGUUCUUCCUUCAUGGCCCAAAGCCAGGUGGUGGCAAGCCUUAUUGACAUUCUCAUAUUUCAGCUGUUCGAAACCUUGCUCUUUACAAAUCAAUCUGUCACCUUCGCAACCUUUGCGGCGAUAAAUUGUGGGAGUUGCUUGUUUGCUGUUCGGUUUUUGCCAGACCUGCGUGGGCUUUCGCUGGAGGAGAUCCAUGAAGGUGGUCGCUCCUACGGUGUUCUGUCUGAAGAGAUUCCUGGUGAGGCCGCGCCCGAACCACAGGUUCUGGGAGUGAGUCAGUCGGAUGUGGCCGUUGAUGUGGACGUGUUGAAUGACAUGUCCACACCGCGUCUGGAGGCUCCCGGCUUGGGUCGCCCGCGCUGA